AAUUUUCACAACAUGACAACUCAUUUUCAGACACAUAAGCCAACUCAAGUAUAGAUAAAUACUCAAAUAGUCAUAUCCUUACAUAUAAUUAGUGUCUUUUUGUAUGCAUGUGCGUAUAUAAGAUCAACCAGUCAUAUUAAUUGACUAUACCUAAAAAUGAAAAUCUCUGCUCUUGGUCGCGGUGGCUCCUCCCCUUUGUCCGCCUGUUUCCAUCCUUCCGCCACCGCCAUCAACGACGAUCUACCGUCGGCUCUUCCAUCCCCAUCAAAUCCAUCGUAUAUCUCCACCUCCGGCGACGCUACCACAACUUGUCAGUACCACACUAACGUUGGUGUUUUCUUUCUUUCAUGGUCUCGAUCCUUCCUCCGACGCUCUCUCCACCUUCAUUUCUACUCAUGCAACUCCACAAAUUGCUAUCUACACUCUCUAGAUUGUUACCGUCACUCCAUUCCCUUCGCCUUCCGGCUCGAAAUCAAACCCUUGACAUUCUGGAGAAAAAAUGGAUCAAAGAAGUUAUCUCGAAAGCCGGAUAUUCGGGUGGUAUGGGACCUGACUCACGCAAAAUUUGGAUCAGGACCCGAUCCGGAAUCCGGGUUUUACGUGGCAGUCUUUGUAUCCGGCGAAGUAGGUCUUCUUGUCGGUGGAGGAAACUUGAAACAGAGACCGAGGAGACAAAUCUUGGUGUCCAAGAAAGAGAAUCUGUUUGGAAACAGAGUUUACUCUACGAAAAUCAUGAUUCAAGGAAAACUUAGAGAGAUUAGUAUCGACGUUAAGGUUGUUAACGACGAUGCUAGUCUCCGGUUUAGCGUAGACGAUAAGAGUGUCCUAAAGAUUAGUCAGCUUCAAUGGAAAUUCAGAGGAAACACAAAGAUCGUGAUCGAUGGUGUGACAAUACAGAUAUCAUGGGAUGUUUUCAACUGGCUGUUUGGUGGCAAGGAUAAGGUUAAACCGGAUAAGAUUCCCGCCGUGUUCUUACUCCGGUUUGAGAACCAAGAGGUUGAAGGAAACGACGUUUUGAUGAUGAACAAGCGUGUAAGAGACGAUGUCAUUUUACGGAAGGAGAAUUGUCGAACACCGUCGUUUUGGGCGAGUACGUAUAGUCAUUGGUCUUCUUCUAGGAUGUCUUCUGUGAUGGAGUGGUCUAGUUGUAGGGAAGAAGAUGAGAGGAGCUUCGGGUCUAAGAGUUGGUUCUCUUUGAUUAUCUAUGCUUGGAGGAAGUAAAAACACACUCAACUUAUCUUUAUCAAAAAAUUUUAUUUGUAUAUAAAGCAACCAAUUGGCUUUGAGGAUAUAUGAAAGUGUGUAAGAAUCAGAGUUUUGGUUUUGUUUUGUUCAAAACAGACCAGAAACUCGUCGUUGCAAAGGAACCAGUAGAGUAGUAAGAACAAGCAAAGGGUAAAAAAGUGUGUUUUGUGAAAAUUUCUUAACAAACAAUGCCUCAUUGGAGAUUUAAUCAGUUUAGAAAAAAGGCAAAAGCCACCAGAAUUAGAACAAGGGUGCAAAAUAAGCCCUAUAUGAUUGUGCUUAAACAACCAAUGAG